AUGCCUGCCAUUCCUAAUCGUGUUAGCCCAUCUAUUCCAGGGCCAUGGUGGGGUGCCAUGGUCAGCUACAUCGUUGCUACAUGCUUAACCGCCGUCCUCCUUGGUAUUCUUAUAUGGUGGUGGUUUUCUAACCGGACUCGAAAGGCAAUAGUUGAGUUUUCCAUAAGUCGACACGCCGACACAGCGCAAGAAAUUCAAGAAGUGGCGGGCUGGACCCCUCCUGGCAGUAGUACCGCGGGCCACAAGGAACACACCGAAACUGAAACUUUGGGAUCAAACGGUGAUAAUGGAAAUGGUGAAGGCACAAGCAAAGUCGAAGCAGGCAGUCGUGAAGAGGCACCCCGAUAUAAAGGCGCAUGA